AUGCAUUCGAAUGCUCUAUCACUGGCUGCAGCCGGCGUGGGAUACGGUUGGAUUGCACAUGAAAUGCACUCCUGGGAUGCGCUUUACCGCGGCCGCAGUCUCUAUUGCAGUGCUCUAUCCAGUGCGCAACGUCUGAUCAGUAGCUCAGAGUAUACCGAUGAGCUUUUGCCAAUCAUGAUGAUGCUCCUCUUGUACGAGCUUUUUGAGUUUGGUACUCAGUCCAGCACAGGCUGGGAGACUCAUGCCAGCGGCAUAGAGGCAGCUCUACAGCUUUAUGGGUCACAGAUGCUUACAAGUCCUUUGGCAUAUCAGCUGUUUUACUUCUACAGGACUAUUGGCGUGUUACGAAGUCUCAUUCUUCGAAAAUCUACCUUUCUCUCGAAAGCAGAGUGGAUUGAGGCCCCAUGGUCAUCACGCCCAAAAAAUUCUUAUCAUAAAUUCUUGGAUCUGGCUGCCGAAGUUCCCGACCUUCUUGAGCAGAUUGAUAGUAUUUCAACUGGCGAUAGUCUUGAGCAGCACGGAAAUCUAUCCCCUGAGAGGCUCCUUCGUCGAAUCUUGAAUAUCAUACAUAGGAUGAAAGAGUGGGAGCGGUUCAGCGGUCCUCAUUUAGCACUUGGGCCACCUCAUAGACUCUCCUCAAGCGGUACAUCAAUGACUUUAACUGAUCGUCUCCAGCCUCGGGCUCAUCGAUAUCCGACCAGGAAUACGUGUGUUAACGGAACUGAUUUCGACAAACUUCAGUCCGCUCGCCUUAUGCUAUUCCAUUGGGCUGUCAUGCUUACGCUUUAUACGAGUCUUUACGGCAAUUCCCAUUUAUUUCGCUUCUCGGAGUACGAGAAUAAUAACGAGAAUAGUCACCUGUUGUCUAUGCAUGACUUGGAGUUUGCUGCCGAAAAUUUGGCAUACAAAGUCGCCCUAUGGGCAGACUUCUGCUGCCAAAACGCAUGGCAGAGCUUCGGCCCAGCCAUCGGCAUCUUCAGUGUGAAGGCGGCUAUGAAAUGGUAUGAGGUGAGGUUACGGGCGUAUUCGUCUGGCAUUUCGCACUCGCUUGCUCAACAGCAGUUGCAAAAAUGUCAGACACUUCUGGCGCAUCUGACAUACUGUGAUCGGAAUAGGGAAUUUACAAUACCAGCGUCAUAGCUAUAUAAACCUAUAGUCAAUAUCUUCCAUGCGUAAUUUCGAAUG